CGUUCUCCUUUGGAAGCUGGAAGCCGAGAGCACAACCUUCUAGGCCUUGCUGAGUUGCUGCUCUCUCCCCCCGUAUCUCUCUAGCCCCUUCCAUGCAUCAUCACACGUUGAUAGGGGUCAGGGGAAAAAGUCACUAAACCCUUCACGAGCCCCCCAAAGGGGAUGAGCUCAAGCUGCUCGACUCAAAUUAACACCGAUCCCACCCACACCAUCACAUCACACCAACUCCAACCGGCCGCUCCAACUCCAAACUCCAAAAGCGCACCAAAACCUCUCCAAGAACGCCAACGAACAGCCCCAUAAAUCACAGCCACGUGACACCACACAAGCUCACGCCGAAACGCGAGAGCGCGACCAUGUCAUCGUUGCCGGAGGACGUCGACGCGGGCAGCGGCGGCGGCCCGCCCGCAGCGUGGUGGAGCGCGGCCUCUCCGGUGGGCGGCGACGUCGUGCUCUCCGGCGCCGUCCUCCUCUUCGUCGCCCUCGCCUUCGCGUUCGUCGUGUACCACUACUUCACCAUCAACCGCCGCGGCGGCGUCGCCGGGAUCGAGGUGCCGUCGUCGUCGAGCGCCCAGCAGCGGCGCAGCACGUUGGGAGGAGGCGACGCCGCUGGAGGCCGGGGCGGCGUCGACGCGGCGGUGCUCCGGGCGCUGCCGGUGAUGGUGUACAGGGCGAAGGACCGUCCACCCGGCGAGGCGCUGGAGUGCGCCGUGUGCCUCGCCGAGCUCGCCGACGGCGAGGCGGCCAGGUUCCUGCCCAGGUGCGGGCACGGCUUCCACGCCGAGUGCGUCGACCUGUGGCUGCACGGCCACUCCACCUGCCCGCUCUGCCGCGUCGACGUCGACAAGGCGGGCUCCCUGCCGGCGCCGCCGCCCUCGUCCCUGGCGCUCCCACCGGCGCUGCCGGAGCCCGCGAACUACCCCACGAACCUCCCGACGAACGUUCUGUUCUGGGGAUCCCAGGACGCGGUGACGACCGUCAUCGGCGGCGGCCCGAGCUCUUCCCGCGGAGCACCGGCGGCGGCGCUGGUCAUCGAGGUCCGGGACCGGGAGACGGCACCGGCUGUGGCGCCGACGCCGCGUGAAGGUGGCGCGGCGAAGGCGCAGGGCUUGGCGAGGCUGAGCUCGCUCAGGAGGCUGUGGAGCAGAGGGAGGCCUGACGCGGCGGCUGCGAGCUCCCGUUCCUGCCGCCAGGCCACUGCGGCUGAUGGCACCGAGCAAGAACGGGCGAUGCGGUUGGAUACAUGCAUGUGAGCUCACAGUCGAGUGUACAUGUUGCAAGACGAAACGUGUGUAUGGCACGGAAUUCGACCUGCCGCGUCCUUGUACGCGGACGAUCGAAUCGACUAGGAUGGCCUUUCAAACUCAACUCCACAUGGAUGUGUUCGCGAUUUAGCGCACGUUCAGUUGACGUGUUAUUUGCCGUAACUAAACUCAGCUAAAAUCACUUGGUUAGGUUUCUUGUUA